CUUUGGCAUAGCAUAUGACGGAUCCCUGUGUUUUUAACAAGGUUACUUCCCUUUAAUAGAAAGUCGCCAUUGUUCCGAAAGAUUUUGACAGUUAGAUAACUUUGUGAACUUAUUAAUUUAGAAAUAUAGAAAUUGCAGCAAUGUCAAAAAGAUAUCACACAGAGGAAGAUAGGUCGGGAAACAAGAGAAGGAAGAGCGAUGGUCCAGCUCCAGCUAUGUACACAGUAUUCCAGGGAGAAGUUGCCUCAGUGAAAGAAUAUGGAUUAUUUGUAAAAAUACCUGGCAAUUCAAGACAAGGUUUGGUGCACAAGUCACAGAUUUCCAGAUCCAGGGUAGACGAUCCAUCAGAGAUGUUUGCUAAGGGUGAAAUGGUUUACUGCAAAGUCAUAUCUGUACAAGAGGAUGGAGAGAAGAUUGGGUUGGCAAUGAAAACUGUGAAUCAAACAACAGGACAAGAUCAGGAUCCAAAUAACAUAGAAUUAAGUCAGGAUGAGAAGAAGCGGCGACAGUUCGGUGACCGUUCUCAUAAACAGAAGAUUGUUCUGGAAGCAGUGUUAGAUACUACCUGUAAAAAGUGUGGCGGCAAAGGUCAUCUUGCACAGGACUGUUUUAAGACAGGAGAAAGCAGCUAUGACCUGAUACCAGAUUUAGAGGAUUAUAUGCAGUCAGUUGGCUCACAACAAACACAGUCUUCUAAAAAACACAAGAACAAGGAAAAGAAGAAACAUAAAGAUAAAAGUAAGAAGAAAGAAAAAAGAAAGAAGAAGAAAGAAAGAAAGUACAGCUCAACAGAUUCAGAGGAUUCUGGCAGUGCUCACAGACAGAAAAAGAAGAAAACUAAGAAGAAGAAGUACAGAUCAUCAACAGAAAGUUCAGAUAGUGAAAGUGAUCACCAUUAUAGGAAAUCUAAGGCAAAAAAUGAAGCGACACCACAGAAAACCUAGUUCCAGUAGUUCUCAUGACACAGAGUAACAGUCUUGAAAAAUAGCAAGAACAAUAAUAAUGAUGAGGGAUUAAUUAAAAAUGGCAGCUGUAGUUUUAUUAAUUCUUGUCAUGUUGUUAUGUAUAAUAAAAUAAGUAUAAAAUCCUGAA